AUGAGCACAUACCACGCUGCAUUUUGGUCCUCCGAACCUUCCAACUACUCCUCCUCAGACGAGGAGGGCGACGAUCGUGACAGACACACCCCGGCCCUGCAGAAAGAGCAGAAGGUGAAGAAGAAGGUGGAGGAAGGAGAGAGUGUGGUACUGAAAUGUAACCCUCCCUUCAGCACUGUUCCUCCUGUCAUCCACUGGAUGGAUGAGCGAAUGCAUCACAUUGAGCUAAAUGAUCGUGUAACCCAGGGCCGGGACGGGAACCUAUACUUCUCUCACGUCACCGUCGAUGACACCCGUAUUGACUACACCUGUAACGCCCAGUACCUCAGCGCUCGCACCAUCCUCUCCAAGGAACCCAUCACCCUGACUGUUACAACCUCUAACUCAGUGGUUCGGAGCCGAAGGCCCCAGAUGAUGAGGCCCUCGGGGACCCACAGCACUUACCACGCCCUCCGAGGCCAGAGCCUGGAGCUAGAGUGCAUCGUCCAGGGCCUCCCUACCCCUACAGUCCAGUGGGUGAGGAAGGACGGUCAGCUGUCCGAGUCCCGUACGUCCAGACAUCUGUUUGACCGUCUGCUGCGCAUCAGUAACAUCUCAGAUAGCGACGGGGGAGAGUACCAGUGUUCAGUCAACAACUCACAGGGCAAGGUCACACACACCUACACCGUUAGCGUCGAAGCGGCUCCAUACUGGACCAAGGAGCCAGUCAGCCAGCUCUAUGCCCCAGGAGAGACGGUGAAACUGGACUGUCAGGCUGAUGGCAUCCCGUCUCCUGCUGUCGCCUGGAGCAUCAACGGAAAACCCAUCACAGGCAUAGACCCAACCCCUAGGCGUACUGUGAGAGAUAGAACUCUGAUUCUGAGAGAUGUGGUCUUCACUGAUACAGCAGUCUACCAGUGUCAGGCCCACAACAAACACGGAACCAUCCUAGUCAAUACCUACAUCUUCGUCAUUGAACUGCCUCCUCAGAUCCUGAAUGCUGACGGACAGAAGUACAACUUCACAGAGGGACAGAUGGCUGUACUGCAGUGUCAGACCUUCGGCUCUCCCAGACCUAAAGUAACAUGGGAGAGGAACAGCAGCGCUUCUCUACUGGCUGAGCCCAGGGUUAACCUGCUGACCAAUGGAAACCUCCAGAUCACCAACGUCUCCCACGGCGACGAGGGCCUGUACACCUGCUCCGUUAGCAAUACCAACCUAUCAAUCAACGCUGACCUGGAUGUCAUGAACAGGACAGUGAUCCUGUCUCCUCCUGGGUCUCUGCUUGUUCAGCCUGGUAAGACGGCCAUCUUUACCUGCCUGGCACAGGUGGACCCCAAACUGACCCCUCCACACAUUCAGUGGAAGAGGAGCGGACAGGAACUCUUUCAGUCAUACGCAGAGGACAAGUACACAUUUGAGGGCCCAGACCUGAUUGUGGCCAAUGUGCAGACAGAAGACGAGGGUGUUUACACCUGUGAGGUCAUCACCAACCUGGACAGGGUUGAGGCCAGCGGGUCCAUCAUUAUAGUCGACCGUCCAGACCCCCCGACCCAGCUCCAGGUCUCUGACCCUAAGGACCGCAGUGUCACCCUGAGUUGGACCGCAGGAGAUGACCACAACAGCCCUGUCAUAGUGUUUGUGGUGGAGUUUGAAGAUGGUGACUCUAAGGAGCGGGGUUGGGAGGAGCUGAAGAGAGUCAGUGGAACUCAUGAGAGCGUUACCAUUUCUCUGCAACCAUACAUGUCCUACCGCUUCCGGGUCAUCUCCAUCAACAACAUCGGGAAGAGUGACCCCAGCAUGCCCUCUGACCUUCACAGCACCCCACCUCAAGCUCCAGACAAUAACCCAGAGAAUGUGAGGAGUGAGUCUACAGACCCAGACACACUGGUCAUCACAUGGGAGGAGAUGGACAGGCGUGUGUUUAACGGCCCAGAGUUCCACUACAAGGUGUUCUGGAAAAGGGUGGUAGGUGACACAACCUGGUACUCUGAUGUCUCCACUGAGCCACCGUACAUCGUCACUGAAGUGGGCAACUUCUCCGCCUUUCAAAUCAAAGUUCAGGCUGCCAAUCAGAAAGGAGAUGGACCUGAGCUAGACCCUGUGACUGGUUACUCUGGAGAGGACAUCCCCCUGAAGGCUCCUCAGAAUGUGACUAUGGAGCUGCUCAACAGUUCAGCCAUCAGGGUGACAUGGGAACCAGGGAACGAAAAGACUGUCAGAGGACACCUGCUGGGAUAUAAGAUCCACCUGCUGAGGUUUGGCUCCAGGGGCCACCACCAAGGCCGCAGGGCUAGAGAGCCAGACACCAGUGUUGAGGUGGAGACAGGGCCCAAAGAGGAGAAGAGGGUCCUGGGGGGACUCAGACCCUACUCUCACUACACCCUCACUGUCACUGUGUUCAACAGCAAGGGAGAGGGCCCCCCCUCCAAGACCCUGUCCUUUGAAACUGACGAGGGAGCUCCUGGCCCCCCGAUGUCCUUACGCCUGGACAGCCAUGCAGGCACAGAGAUGACCCUACACUGGACACCUCCUGCCCAACCCAACGGGGUUCUCAAAGGAUACCUGCUGCAGUACCAGAGUGUCGUAAAGAGUGACAGCCCGAUGCAGGUGGAGACGAUAGACGAUCACAAGGUCACUCACCUGACCCUGAAGCAGUUGGACCCUCACAGCCGCUACCGCUUCUACCUGAGGGGGCGCACCUCGGCCGGGGACGGAGAGCCUAUCACCAGGGAGGGAGCUACCACACUGGACGGAGCUCCUCCGUCCAACAUCAGCUUGUAUGUAGGAGAGCAGUCUGUUAACCUGAGCUGGGUGCCAGGACAGAGACAGAGGAGUGUGAGCUUCCAGGUCCAGUACCUCAACAAGCAAGACGGUGGGAAGUGGAAGCAGUCUGAGAAGCUGAACUCGUCUGCAUCAUUCUACCAGCUGAAAGGCCUGACCCCGGGGUCACAGUACCGCCUCAGAUUCACCUUCAGCAACAACACCUUCUGGGAGACUGAGAUCACCACAAAGGGAGCAGGGGUGAUGGAUGUGCAGACAGGCUUUGCUACUCAGGGCUGGUUUAUUGGGCUCGUGAGCGCCAUCGUGCUGUUGCUGCUGGUGCUGCUCAUCCUCUGCUUUAUCAAGAGAGGCAAAGGGGGAAAGUAUUCAGUCAAAGAUAAGGAGGAGGGUCAGGUAGACUCUGAGGCGCGCCCUAUGAAGGAUGAAACAUUCGGAGAGUACAGUGACAACGAGGAGAAGCGGACAGCCAGCCAACCAUCUCUGUGUGAUGAGAGCAAACUGUGUAUCAGUGACGACAACCUGGAUGGCUAUAACAAUGGUAGCAUUGCUGUCACCGAGGUGACCAUGGAAGACUCCCUGGUCAGCCAGUACAGCCGACCCAGCGAAGCCACCCCGGACCCGGGCACACUGCAGGACAGCUCCCCCCUCAAUCCCAACACCACCACCAAUGGCCUGCCCAACUCGGCCGCCAUUUUAGAUUAGGCUAGUUAGUUAGAGGUGACCGUUUUAGAUAAUCCCGUUGCCUUAGUAACUGUUUAUCUGUUAGACCAAGAUAUCUCUGUCAACUACAGUAUAACAUGUCAACAAUAUAAACAUGUCCACUGCCCACACACUCCUAGCUAUCUCUAACAUCUAUCUAGCUAUCUACUUGACUGACUUUUCCAUUGAUAAGAUCACUGACUAUAUGAUCAAUAUACUACUGACCAUUCAGAAGCAUCUGUUAUUCUACAAUGUUAUCUAUCUAGCCAUAUACAGUAUUAUAGAUAUGUACAACAUGUUCAUUAUGAGUUCCAGUGCCUACUGGCCCUCAACACAGAGCACCAGAUUACAUCCUUACUCUAGUCCUCUCUCCUCUUCUACUCUACUCCACUCUUAUCUACUCUAUUCCUCUUUUAUCCACUCUGCUCCUCUCUUAUCUACUCCUCUCUUAUCUACUCUAUUCCUCUCUUAUCUACUCUACUCCUCUCUAAUCUAUUCUACUCCUCUCUUAUCUACUCUACUCCUAUCUACUCUACUCCUCUCUUAUAUACUUUACUCCACUCUUAUCUACUCUACUCAACUCUUAUCUACUCAUAUCUACUCUAAUCCUCUGUUAUCUACUCUACUCCCAUCUACUCUACUCCUCUCUUAUAUACUCUACUCCACUCUUAUCUACUCUACUCCACUCUUAUCUACUCUACUCCACUCUUAUCUACUCUCCUCCACUCUUAUCUACUCAUAUCUACUCUACUCCUCUCUUAUCUACUCUACUCCACUCUUAUCUACUCAUAUCUACUCUACUCCUCUCUUAUCUACUCUACUCCACUCUUAUCUACUCUACUAUACUCCUCUUCUCCUCUGUACUCUACUCUACCCCUCUUCUCCUCUCUACUCUUAUCUACUCCUCUCCUCUCUAAUCUACUCUACUCCUCUCUUAUCUACUCUACUCCUCUCUUAUCUACUUCUCUCUUAUCUACUCUACUUUACUCAUCUUCCCCUCUCUACUCUACUCCUCUCCUCUUAUUUACUCUUAUUUACUCUACUCUAAUCUACUCCACUCUAAUCUACUCCUCUCUACUCUAAUCUACUCCUCUCUACUCCACUCCUCUUCUCUACUCUAAUCUACUCCUCUCUUCUCUACUCUACUCCUCUCUUCUAAUCUACUCCUCUCUACUCUUCUCUAUUCUAAUCUACUCCUUUCUCUAUUCUAAUCUACUCCUCUCUACUCUACUGUACUCUACUCCUCUCUACUUUACUGUACUCUACUCUCGCCUUUUCACCACAAGAGUGACUUCAUUAUUGGUAUGAUAUUGUAAUUUAUAUAUAGACCUCUAGCUUUCUGUAUCUAUUCUGUCUGUCUCUUUCUACGGUGUAUUAAACUGUCAGCUGAUAAAUGUAAUCUUUCCCAUACCUCUUCAUGUCAUAGUAUAGCAUAACAUAACACUAUUACACGCUAUAAUGUGUGGUAGGGAGCAGUAGUUCUGUAUAUUUACAGUUAGCUGGUAGUAAAAUACACAGAUUCUCUCUAUCUUUCAAGCCAUGAACAAUGCACGCUGGCAAUCCAAAACAGGCUUACCUGAUCAGCAGAUUGGGCUGAAAGGCAUAUGCGUAGAUUGGUUGCUUUAUGCAUCUAAUGUGUAGAAUGUGUUCUUUGUAGGGCUGAGUAGAACUAAUAUUUACAUGCCAAAAACACUUUGUUUUGAAUUAGACAAUGGUAAGAAUGAUGACAAGAAGUAGACAGAAACAAGCAUUUAGAGGAGAACAGAGGUAUCUCUCCAGAGAGGAACGAGACCGAAAAAGAUCAUGUUUUUUUAAAUGUCGCUCUGAAUGUAAAUACAACCCAAAAUAUUGUUAUUUAUCGAUGAGUUUGUUGGAUAAAAAUGUGUGUUUUAAGUUUACUUUAAAGUUGACUUAAAAAUACAUUUCAUUUGUGUUUUGUAACAACGAACCGAUGAAUGAAUACUUGUUUUGAAGGUGAUGACGGUGAUUUGGCUGUUAAAACAAAUAUUCAAUAGUACGGAAAAAAACUAAAAGGAAAAAAAUGUAUCUUCACACCAUUUCAUGUUGCAAACGCUCAAAAAGAAAACUAAAAAUAUACAUUUUACAUCACUACUAGUAGAAGUGCGCAUGUGAGAUUUGGUUCUGGGUGUCGAGAUUAAUCAGUAGCUAAUGUCAUUUUAAAAUAUACAAUAGAAUCAAAACCCACCUAUUGAAAGCAGAGGUUAAAAAGUAGGCUAAUGUUCCUCAUGUACAUCAAUGUUUUGUUUCCUGACUUUUAUAGUGUCCCUUUGCAGUCCAGUUUACAUUUACUGUUUGAAAAUGCAAUUUAUUCCCUAUGUAGUGCACUAAUUAUGGGACUAGGUUGCCAUUUCAUACACUUUUUGUGCUGAGGCAGUGUGAUGAUGAGGCAAGGAGGGAUGCAGUGAGCUAGCUUGUGAUGAAGCACCACAGGGAGCAUAUGCAAUGUGCUGGCUCUGCUCUCACUGCUCACCCAGUCAAUCUAGCCUACCGUCUAUUCUGAGACAGACCCAGGUUCAAAUAAGAUUAUUUUUAUUUCAAAGAAGAGUUUGAUUGGGCCUGCCUGGAUCGCCGGAGACCAAUGUUUGCACUUUUGGGACUACUCUAUUUGUUCCAUUGUGCCAGGCAAUCUCAAUCAAGCACAGCUUGAAGUAUUUGAGAAAGGGUGAAUACUAUUUGAACCCAGGUCUGACUGCAAGCCAAACCGUUACUGUUCAGUGCAUCCCCAGGGAGAUGGGAUAGAGAAAGUGGGAUUGUCUCUGGCUUGGCAGAAAGACAGUGGGUCUGAACGAGAGGUUUGAGUGAGCCCAGCUCCCUGUAGUUUGCUGUUACAGACACACUCAGGACACUCAUAUGGGAAUGAGAAAAUUAAGUAAUAUGCCAGUUAUUCUAUCACGACUAUGGAUUGCGUCACAAAUGGCUCCCUAUAUAGUGCACUACUUAUGACCAGAGCCCUUUGUGUUCAGAGAAAUAACCAUAUGCCCUGGUCAAAAGUGCACUAUAUGGGGAAAUAGUGUGCCAAUAGAGCUGCUAACCAUCUGUGUUUAUCAUAGUGUGAUUUCAGGACAAAUGUUUGCUUUGAAUGAGUGAACUACUGAACACACAGAUACUCACUCUACUGCCUGCCAGCCUGCCUGCCUAUAUAUCUAUCUGGCUUUGCUUUGCUUCUUACGUGGUCAGUGAGGAGAUUGUCUAAGCCAGACUUAGCGCCAGCGUUUGUUUUUUCCCCUCUGUUACUUUCCUUUCCUGUUUUUUAUACUUACAACAUAAAAGCAAAUAAAAAAGUGAAUAAGAAUUGCAUAUAGAGGAGAAUGACAGCAACAGCUUAUUUUAGGACAUGACAUUCAUGGAUUUAUAUUUGUGAUGGAGGGAGGGGAAGGACACUAUGUACACUAUGUAUUUCACUGCCUGAAGAAAGACAGAAUGCCUCUGUGUGCUUUGUUUGGGGUGCAACACUGGUAAAAUGGAUUUGGGGGACUGGAAGGUACAGUAGUGAAUUCACACCCUGGUCCCAGAUCUGUUUGGGUUGUAUAGCAAACUAUGGUUGUUAUCAUGCUAAAGUCGUAGGAGUUGGCAAGACAGUACAAACCGAUCUGGGACUGGGCUAGUGUGCUCGUGCCAUUGGUUGAGACUGAAGUGAAGUGGGUUGGGAUCACUGUAUGGAGGGGGUCUUGUACUGUAUGUUAUGGGCCCAAUGACAAUGUAACUAUCUGCAUUAUGAAUCAGCUACUUGUAACUAAAUAUGUGAUUGUUUAAAUAAAAAGAACUUGGAACAAUCUGA